UUUGCUUUUGUUUUCCCAGAUGUCAGAAACCUUUUGCAGUCAGUUACCCUUUUUACCCAUUUGAUGGGGGACACCAUUGUCCAGGGUAGUGCCACCUCCCACAUGGUGCCAAUGGAGCAGGCAGACCGUCUGUUGGAAGCGUGCAAGCAAUGCGGUAGUGAGGUACUUUCCUACUUUUCCAGUUUGAAGGACACCACAACUUUGAGCAGUGCAGAUUGCACAAAAGUGAGAGAAAGUCUGAACCAGAUAAACACAAUAGGAGAGGAGCUGAGGCCUAAAGGAAGAGACAUCAAACAAAAAGAGCUGGGGGAUCUGGUGGAACAGGAGAUGGCUGCCACAUCAGCAGCUGUUGAAGCUGCUACUACACGGAUUGAGGAAAUGCUGAGCAAGUCAAGAGCAGGAGACACGGGUGUGAAGCUGGAGGUGAAUGAGAGGAUCCUUGAGUCUUGCACUGACUUGAUGCAUGCAGUUAAAAUGUUGGUUCUGACAUCGAAGGAUCUACAGAGAGAUAUAGUGGAGAGUGGAAGGGGGGCAGCAUCUCAAAAAGAGUUCUAUGCCAAGAACUCCAGGUGGACUGAAGGCCUCAUCUCUGCAUCAAAGGCUGUAGGCUGGGGAGCCACUGUGUUGGUAGAUGCUGCAGACAUGGUUGUCCAGGGAAAGGGGAAGUUUGAAGAGUUGAUGGUUUGUUCUCAUGAAAUCGCAGCCAGUACCGCACAGCUGGUGGCUGCCUCCAAGGUGAAAGCAGAUAAAGACAACGCUAACCUUGGAAAACUGCGGCAGGCGUCUAAGGGAGUAAAUGAGGCCACGGCCAGUGUAGUGGCUUCCACAAAAUCAGGAAAAUCGCAGAUUGAGGAAACAGACACAAUGGAUUUCUCAAGCAUGACACUGACGCAAAUCAAGCGACAGGAGAUGGACUCACAGGUUCGUGUUCUAGAACUGGAGAGUGAAUUACAGAAAGAGAGGCAGCGCUUGGGAGGACUGCGUAAAAAACAUUAUGAGCUGGCUGGAGUUUCUGAAGGCUGGGACGAAGAUACUAAGUAAGCCCAGAGUGGAAAAGGACGAGCAGCAAUUUGGAGAAUAUCACCUCAAGUCUGAGACUGAACAAUGCAGACUCUCUUAGACAAACAAAACCCAGUUAAUCCUCUGCAGCAUCGAGGGAUCAGUGCACUUAUCAUGAACUUUGACUGGGACUGAUCCUACAGUUCUAUAUCAGUGUUUUCCACUUGUAUUCUGGAUCCUAUUACUAUCGAGAUGAGAUGGUCAUGUUCCUUUAUUUAUUACAUGUAUAUUUUUCCUUUAUAUUUGCACAGUAGUAGUAAGUAUUGUAUUAGUGUUUUUGUUUCCAACAUCCAGCAAGUCUUGGUUUAACUAUUGAUACCCCUUUUGUUGGCAACUACCAGUAAAUUGCUAGCAAAAUGUGGGAAUGUCAUAAUUCAAGCAUCUUGCUUUCCCUUUCAUUUUAAACACUGGAUUAGUGGUUAAAGGUAUCAUUUACGAUAGUGUUAAGCUAUAAAGAACAGAAAAGCCUAGAUCUGCGAUUUCUCAGUUUGCUGAUCUAGCAUGGGGCAGCAGUUGGGGCCCUACAGUUGGUGUCUGUGCCAAUAAGUUAGGUAGAGGCAGGAAAAGAAUAAGCUAUCCUUCCAGUUCCUGCUAGUUGUUAUGUAAUCUGUUAAAAGGUGGAAAUGAUAUGUGUGAUGCCCUUCAGCAUCAACUUGCUCAAUAAUCUUCACUGUCCUGGGACUAAAAGGGAGUGCCCAUUUGGUAAGUGCUGUUAGAAGAUGGACAGUAUCCAAUUGGACCCAUAACAUGCAUGACUUCACACCAGUGCCUGAAGCAGCAGUGACGAGAAGGUAAAUUAUUUGGUCAUCCUGACUAUCACAGAAAAAAAAUGACGUACCAGCCGUUGGAAGUCUUCAACAAUUGUUCAUCACCCAAGAAAGAAACUUGUAGAUGCUUCUCCCAGAUUGCUGUUAAUUGUCACAUCACAUGUCAUUGCAAGGCAGUUCAUGGCACAGAGGCAUACCGUAUAUCCCAACUGGCCUUUGCUCCAUGGGAGCCUCCUUCCACUUUACUUUAUCUCACUUUAUUAUCAUACCCUUUUAUUCUUCUCUCCUGUAUGUAGUUAUUGAGUUACCCAAUGUGCUAUCUUAUGUGGCUGCUAAGAGCAUCUUUAGAAAUCAUUUAUUUUUGAUUUUCUCCAUUCCCUCAUACCUAAUGCAUGGUAGAACUUGCUGCAGUGGUGACCAUCUCAGGGGCCAAGCUACUAUCACACUGAGUAAUCACAGAAAAAGAAAUGAAAGUGUAAAAUGGACACAGUUUUCAUUCUAUUUAAUCUCCAUUUCCAAAAAAUGGAAUAUUUAACUCCCAUAGUCACUUGGAUGUGGUUGUGUAAUAUUGUUAAACCCCUGAAAUGGUAUCCCAUAGAAAGGACAGAUAUUGCUGUGAAAUUCAAUGUCUUGGAAGAGAAAUGAAAACAUAACAUUUCUCAACAGUUUAUCAGUUAGUGCCUGCAAAACAAUAAUGUAUUGUCACUCUUGAAAUAACCAUUGUACUGGUGAAGGGGUUACACUAGUUAAAUCUAGAGAACAUUUGGUUUAAUAGCUGUUUGGGGUGAAAUGUGUUUUUAAAGUCUAGUGCAGACCAAAUGAACAAUUAUUAUUUCCCCUAACAAUUUUGCUAAAGUAUUUCAAAGUGUCUUCAUUAUUAUCUUUCCUAAGAAUGUCAGGAAUCUUUUUAUUUCCUCUUCAUAAGUUAUAAAGACAUUUCUUUGAGACAGAAAGUUUGAACUGCAUUGGUCAAUAGUCUGUUACAUUGGUUAUGAGUGCCCCCUUCUCCACGUCUUGUAUAUGAUAUCUGCUGAGUGUGUUUUCCCUUUCAUUGUGAACUGUGACUAUUCAUUUGCAGGAAUUAAAUUGUGGCAUUACUGUCUAAUCCCUUGCACACUUACAGAAGCGAUACCUGCAUUCAAGCUCUUGUAAUGGACUUGUUUCAACUUUGUACACGCCCGACUUUAUACUUUUUAAUAUUUGUUUAAAAUCAUAAAAAUGGAGAUUUUCAGCUUCUGUUGUUUUGAUUAA